UCCCACCCCUUGGUGUAUAUAGUAAAGGCCGGGCGCCGCACGCAGACACACACUCGCCCGGACACAGGCGUACACACGCUCACGCACAGCCAGCAGCGGCGGCGGCGACAGCGGCUCGGUGACAGCGGCGACGGCGGCUCCCACCGCGGCGCACCCCCUUCAGGCGGCCGGCGGUGAGGCCAGACCGGAGAGUUCCCGCACCCGCGACCACCCUGCGGCUUCCUGGAGGCGGCGGCCGCGAUUGCGAGCAGGCUUCCCAGGAAGAAUGAAGCAGUCAACUUGCAUAAGACCUGUCUUGACUUCUCUCCUUUGGGGAAAGAGGGCCACAUUAAGAAGGGUGGCAGGCUUGCCUGGACACAGAAUUCCACGGCCAAAUAGACAUCAUUUCUGAGAACUUCAGUGUUUAUGAUCCAGGUUUCCCAGUGAUUAAAUUACUCCUUGGGAGAUGGCCAUGAAAUCACAUCUCAGCACAUGCCUUUGACUCUGGAUUGCACAUGUGUUCAUUAGCUGAAGCUCAAUUUUAAAAUCCAAUCAACUCUAUGAUUCCUUGAAAUGACUGCAAAUGAAGUCACAUCCAGUGCUCCUUAGGCCAAGUGGCAUCAGAGCUGAGUGAUGGACAACCUGCAGUCCCAGAACCUCUCCAUGGACAUGACUGACUCCCCUCCUGCCUUGGCUAAUAACAGACUGGAGAAUGGCAUGGCUCAGCUGAUCACCACUGAGGCCUGGAACAUCAACUCCACUGACCUGGUAAAGAAGGCCCUGGUGACCGUGCCAGCCCCAUCCAUUCUGAACCCCCCUGCCGAGUCUCAGAGUGGUAUGGCUCUGAAGGUGGCAGCCACUGUGUUGCAGCCCCUGUGCCUCGGGGAGAGCCCAGUGGUGAUGCCCAUUCACAUGCAGGUGGAGGGAAGCUCCGCACCAGAGCUCAACCCCAAUGGCAAUGCGACCUACGUCAUGACCACCCAGGGCCCUGUGCAACUGCCCGUGGUGCUGGAGCAGCACGUCUUUCAGCACCUCAACUCCCCUCUGGUCCUGCCGCAGGAGGCCCCAUGCUCCUCCAAUACCAUCCACAACAACCUCUUCCAGGGAGCGGAGGACCCCGAGGCCCAGCCCCAGCUCCUGGACCUGAGGAUCCCCAGCCAACCGCAGGAGCCCACUUUGCCAUUUGAAGCUGUGCUCCAGAAUUUGUUUCCCUCUCAGGGCACUCUCGGGCCCCCACCUUGUCAGCCUCCUCCUGGCUAUGCCCCUGUGCCCCCCCAACCUUUUAGCUCCCCCUUGUCCCCCCUGGUCCCACCAGCCACCCUCUUGGUGCCGUAUCCUGUGAUCGUCCCCUUGCCUGUGCCAGUCCCUAUUCCCAUCCCCAUCCCAGUGCCUCAGAGUUCUGAAUCCAAGUUCAGCUCCAGUUUCCCCAAGCCACCAUCUUCCUUCGGCCUGCACCCCUUUAAAGGCACCCAGACUCCUCUGGAAAAAGAUGAACUGAAGCCCUUUGACAUCCUCCAGCCUAAGGAGUACUUCCAGCUCAGCCGCCACACGGUCAUUAAGAUGGGAAGUGAGAACGAGGCCCUGGAUCUCUCCAUGAAGUCAGUGCCCUGGCUCAAGGCUGGCGAAGUCAGUCCCCCAAUCUUCCAGGAGGAUGCAGCCCUAGACCUGUCAGUGGCAGCCCACCGGAAAUCCGAGCCUCCCCCUGAGACACUGUAUGACAGUGGUGCAUCAGUGGACAGCUCAGGUCACACAGUGAUGGAGAAGCUUCCCAGUGGCAUGGAAAUUUCUUUUGCCCCUACCACAUCCCAUGAGGCCCCAGCCAUGAUGGAUGGUCACAUCAGCAGCAGUGAUGCCGCCACCGAGAUGCUCAGCCAGCCCAACCAUGCCAGCAGCGAGGUCAAGACUGAAAAUAACAUUGAGAUGGUGGGCGAGUCCCAGGCAGCCAAGGUCAUUGUCUCAGUCGAAGAUGCUGUGCCUACCAUAUUCUGUGGCAAGAUCAAAGGCCUCUCGGGGGUGUCCACCAAAAACUUCUCCUUCAAAAGAGAAGACUCCGUGCUUCAGGGCUAUGACAUCAACAGCCAAGGGGAAGAGUCCAUGGGAAAUGCAGAGCCCCUUAGGAAACCCAUCAAAAACCGGAGCAUAAAGUUAAAGAAAGUGAACUCCCAGGAAAUACACAUGCUCCCAAUCAAAAAACAACGUCUGGCCACCUUUUUUCCAAGAAAGUAAAUAACGGCUUUUUAAAAUUUGUAUGAUUAUAAUAUGGGGAAAGGUGCAUUGGUUUUAUAAAAAGGCAUUUAAAACAAAUUAUCUUUGUUAAUUAUUUUGGGGAGUAGUUGGGAAAUGGAAAGGUGAAUUGGCUCUAGAGGCCCUGUAUCAUUUUCUUUUUUAAUUUUUGACUUUUCACAAAUGAGUAAAUAAGAGCAACCUAUUUUUCAAGCAGAUUGCACAUUUUUUGCAGCUUUAAUGGAAUAUUGGGUGAAUUAGAGGGGUAAAAAAAAGCUAUUUUCAUUGCCACAAAGUGCUUUGAUGAUGUAAUACCUAAUAAAGGGUAGGAUGAAUAUUUCACAAUAAAUGUUUGUUUGCACUAA